AUUUGUAGCCCCGGCUUCUAUCUCAGCUGCCAAAAAACUGACAGACACGAUCAUGCUAGCAUUGCUGCUAUGCCCAUCAAAGUUCAUUCGCAAGUCGCAGCGAUCUUUUGAAGUGACCGUCGUCCGUCAGUAGAUCAUGGUAGAUCUACGAGUACGAUUACGGACAUAGUCAUUGGUGAUUCUGGAGAGGACGAGCUCACCGACCCACCGGCAGAAAGAGGAGCUGAUCAGUGCGUUACUACGGCGGCCGGUUUAGUGUGUGUGCGCGUUAUUCGUGAGGCGAUGGGGUUUUUCUUCUGACGCCGGCAAGGACUUGAGUGGCUGUGAGUCGCCAGCAGCAGCGACUCUAUGACUGGGCUGUACUGUUGCUAGUAGGUGUGUUACGACAGUGAAUGAAAGAGUUGAGCAGAGAUCUACAAUCAGUUUUACAAGGCGGAUGCCGGGUGGUAGCGGAGUUGGAAUGACUGGGACAGUCUGGAGUUGCGUACUGACGUUGGUCAGCUUGUGCUGUUGCUGCUACUUGGUGGUCGGUCAGAGCGACUUGGAACCAGUGUUGGGAGCACCUCAAAACAUUCAGGAAACAUACUGCAAUGCCAGUACAGGCUGCAAUAUCCCACCGAUUGGUGACCUGCUUCUUGGCCGUCGCAUUUUCCCAAGCAGCACGUGCGGCCAGCUGACUCGUGAGCGCUACUGCUCGCCGGUAAAGCGUGACGAAUGCCGGUACUGCUAUUCUAACUCGUCCAGCCAAGAUGAGAAGCACACGGCCAUGCUGCUGACCGACUCACAGGUCAACAAGCGUCGCGAAGAUUGGACUUGGUGGCAGUCUGAAGCAGGCGUAGAAAACGUGGAGCUUCGGAUAGACUUCAGUAGCAUGUUUCACCUGAGUCACGUCACCAUGUACUGGAAGUCGCUGAGGCCACGCUGUAUGGUGGUGGAGCGUAGCAUUGAUUACGGUCGCAGCUGGCACGUCUAUCAAUACUUUGCACACAACUGCCAGGAGUGUUUCGGCGUGGAUGAGUCUGAGUUGCGUGUGCCCAAGGAUCAGCGAGGCAACACAACAAUCUACCCAGCGCGUUGCACCAGACGAUACUCAGCACCGGAACCGUACGAAGGAAGCCAGAUGGUGUUUGUACCCUUAGAUGCACUCAGUGUGAAUGAGAGAGAUGAUCCGUAUCUGCAGGCUGUGCACAACGUCCGACGGCUCACCAACCUUCGCAUCCGAUUCACCAAGUUUCACCUGAUGGGCAAUGAUAAGCUAUCUGAUGGGCCAGAGGUUCAGAACAAGUACUUCUACGCCAUCUACAACUUGGUGGUGAAGGGCAAUUGCUUCUGCUCUGGCCAUGCUGAUCAGUGCAGCGCUACAGACUGGCAGGAGCAACAUCUAAUCAAACCUCCCAAAGACGACGAUAUACCGGUGUAUUCAAACUGUAAGUGUCAGCAUGAGGCUUCAGGCGAAGACUGCAGUCAGUGCAAACCUCUCUACAACGACCUACCUUGGCGCUCAGGUCUACUGGAAGAACCCAACUCCUGCCAGAGAUGUGAAUGCCAUGGCUUUGCAACAAGUUGUCACUUUGAUGAAGAUCGUUAUGCUGAGACCAAUAGCACGUCUGGUGGUGUGUGCAAUGAAUGUAGUCACCAUCGUCAGGGUGCACAAUGUCAAGAGUGCAUUGAUCGCUACUAUUUCACACCUCCGGCGAGCGUGGAUGAUCCCGAAGCUUGCCAGUUGUGUUCUUGUCUAGUGGACGGUGCAGCAUCGGAGUUCUGUGAUAAGAUGGGAGAACAUGCUGGAAAGUGCAUCUGCAAGGCUAAUGUACAGGGGUCAUCAUGUGCUGAGUGUAAACCAGGAUUCUUCAACUUGAAUGCCGACAAUCCAGAUGGGUGUGAAGCAUGCGAUUGUAAUGGAAACGGUACGGUUGAAGGCAGCAUGCACUGCCAUGCCACCACUGGCCAGUGCAUGUGUAAACCCAAUGCCGAUGGUCUACAAUGUGACCGCUGCAAGGAUGGGUAUUCCGAUCUGUCAACACAGGACCCGGCCGGUUGUGGAUCGUGUAUGUGUGACGUUGGUGGAUCGCUGGACAUGCAGUGUGACCACGUCACCAAGCAGUGUCCCUGCAGGCCUAACAUCCAGGGACUGCACUGUGACCAAGUAGCCCCCGGCUACUUCUUCAACAGCCUGCAGAGACUCAACCUCUAUGAGGUAGAGUCUGGCCAGCUAUCACCUACUGCCCAGCGUGUAGUAAACGAGACUGCGUCGCGUGGACUUUGGGUACGCACACCCACUGGAGGCUAUGUCGACCUGGUCAUCACUGACAUCAAGUGGACUAUGCCGUAUGCAGUGGUGCUUGGCCUGGGCUCCAUAGGGAAACUAGACGAGCAGAGUAGCGGUAACAUUAAGGUUAGCAUUGUUGCAGACCCAGCCAGCGACAACGGCAAUGAUGCAGGUGACAGUCCAGCAGGCGGUGAGACGGAUCCCGGUAGUAUCGUGUGCCAUGAGCAGCCUGAUGGAACGCCAGGUAUCACUGUCGCAAUGGAGCCGGCCAUUGGCAAUCUUGUCAAGUUUGACCAUCGUGUUUGCCUGCACAAGGGCACCACCUAUCGCCUACGCAUCACCGUAGCUAGUGACGGAGAUGGACCUAUGGAUGUGUUACUGGAUACGAUCAGCCUGCUACCCACGGGCAGCUCUAUAUUCCGUAACGUGAUUGACGACUUUGUCAUCGACGGCUGUAGUCUGGUGCGUUCCAAUGAGGAAGCCACCAUGGCCCAGUCGGCUGCCUGCGAGCAGCAUGAGUUUGCAAUUUCUGGCAUCCUGAACAACGGCUCACUGGCUUGUGACUGUAAUGAAAUUGGUUCCAGCAAUGCCAGUGUGUGCAGUGCCUACAACGGUCAAUGUGACUGUCAUGCUGGGAUCGGAGGUCGUCAGUGUGAUAUAUGCCAAGCAUAUCACUACGACUUCAGUGAUACUGGCUGCAAAGCCUGCAACUGCAGCAGCUUUGGUUCUGAGAGUCUGGUGUGUGAGCGGUAUGACGGCCAGUGCACCUGUCUUAUCAACACCGUUGGACGUACCUGUGAUGCCUGUCGCGAGAACCAUUACCCGGCCAAGGACCUGUUCCUGGGCAUCGGCUGCCUGGCAUGCCAGUGUGACGCGGUUGGUUCUGUACGGCAGAGCUGCGAGCCGAGUGCGGACAACUCUGCCGGGCAUCAGUGUAGCUGCAAACGUGGCGUGACCGGAGCACUGUGUGACCGGUGCAUGGCCGGCUACUGGAACUUCACACAGGGCGGAUGUGAGCCAUGUGGCUGCUCGUUGGCCGGAGCGGUGGGCCCUGAGUGUGACCUUGCAACUGGAGUAUGCACGCCCAAAGCCAACGUAAUGGGUGACAAAGCAGACCGGUGCAAGCCAGGGUACAUAUACCUGCAGGAGGGAAAUCCCGAUGGCUGUAUGAAGUGCUUCUGUAAUGGUCAAUCAGACACAUGCCACCUUGCCCUUGGAUAUAGGAGGGCUAGAAUUGGGCAGGUACUCAUGGAUGCUAGUGGCGAGGAUAUGUGGGUUGUUGCCGAGCAAACAUCUGGAAGUGCCCCGUUUGAAACAGUUGCGCGCCCAGGGCAGGUUGUGACGUUUGUGGCGCCAUCAAUCUACCUUGGCGACAAGCGCACGGCCUUCUCGCAAGCGUUGACGUUUGCCUUGUCUACUGCUGGCAACCACUCUCAUGCUGCUAUCUCUGUGAGGCUGGAAAGGAGAGCUAUGCCACCCCGGGUUCUUUACUACCCAGUGCAUAUGCCAGUGCAAGACAAUGGAAGUGAUUUUGAGGUGAGGUUCCUUCGUCAUGGCUGGAAGGUCGAUGAUCCAACUGGACCCAUGGCCCAGGACAGUGACCUGCGAGAGACGUUGGCCAACUUAUCCUCACUGGAGAUCUUGGUGUCCAUAUCACAGGAUGCACCUGACAGGCAGUACACUGUGGGUAUGACCCAAGCAUCCAUGACAUAUGCAGUGCGGCAGGGGCCCUAUCAAGAAGAAUCAGGAUCGGAAGAUACAUCAUCAACAGCACUGGGCAGCGGUGAAGAAGCGGCGUUCUUUGAAGCAUCACUGGCCAUUUUUUACGGGGAUGCACCGUGGGUGGAAGCCUGUUCAUGUCCUCCUCCAUACAGAGGUGAAAACUGUGAAAACUGCGCACCAGGUUACACCCGUGAACCAUCGUUUGGUACGGAGUUUGACAUGUGCCUGCGCUGCUUCGACGCGUGUGAGCAACUGAGCACUGAUCACUGUGAUGCCAACUCUGGAGAGUGUCGUGGCUGCGCGAACAACACUCAGGGAACAUACUGUCAGCAGUGCAACCCACUGCACUACCAGAGGCAGCGCUUUCAGGGUUGUUUGGAGUGUCCAUGCCCCGGUGGUGGAGUACAGUUUGCCACAACGUGUCAACCCAGUGGUCCCGUCUCAGUCGUCUGUUCCUGUAUUCAAGGACACACUGGAGAAGACUGUGCGCAGUGUUCUGCUGGUUACUAUGGUGACCCGGUGGUGAGCAGGGAGGUGUGUGAACCAUGCCACUGUAACAACAACACUGACCCCGGUGUGCUGGACUUCUGUGACCGGCAGUCGGGACAGUGCCUGGACUGCCUCUACAACACCGGCGGCGCCACGUGCGGACGCUGCGCCGAUGGUUACUACGGCGAUGCUCUCAGGAGAACGUGUAGACCCUGUGAGUGUGACGUGGACGGUUCCAACAGCUCGGUUUGCCACUACGAGACAGGCCAGUGCCGAUGUCGACCAAACACUAUCAACAAACGAUGUAACGAGUGUGCGCCGCAUCACUAUGACCUGGCCAGUGGUGAGGGCUGCAAGGCAUGUAACUGCUGCAGCUCAGGAUCUCACAUGCAACAGUGCGAUCUGAUCACUGGAAACUGCUCGUGUUUGCCAGGAAUCUCUGGUAGACAAUGUUGUGAAUGUCACGAUGAGUUCUGGGACUUCCCACGGGAAAGUUUUGAUGACGUACCUUCGCAAAUUGCUGGUUGCAAAGCUUGCAACUGCAGUACUGGUGGUUCCCUAUCACAAGUGUGUGACAAAGACACAGGGAUAUGUCGCUGUCAACCAACCAGCACCGGGGUGAAGUGUGACAGUUGUUCAGCGGGUACAUACGGUCCACCAGACUGUGUACACUGUGGGCAAUGUUUUGAUGAUUGGAACAAGACUGUGCUGGACAUGGCACUACACAUCCGACAGACUGGAAUGCGUGCACAGCUAUUACGUGAGGGAGGAUUUGCUGGCACGUACAGUGAAACUCUCCAAGCCAUUCAGCGCGAGCUAGAGUUCGCCAGUCGCUACCUGGAUGCAUCCUACCUGAAUGAAACACUUGUUGAAGCUGUCAAUCUGCAACUUGCUAAGCUCGAAGAAGAUAUCCAGAGAAUUAGCGAUGACGUCAGCAUUGCUAAGAAUGCAGCACUGGAACAGAGUAGCAAAGCAGCACAGAUCUCACGCCACUUGGUCGACGUCAAUGCGAGCGUACUACGCGAUGUCGAGCAGCACAUCCAGGAGCUGAGCAGUACGCUGCAAGGCUACAUGCCAGUUCCCUAUGUUGACUUGAGUGUGGCGGAGAAUGCUAGCGCCUCGUCUACUAACUCCAUAACACGACUAUCUCAGCUGUACCUGCCGGUGAGUGAGGGUGGUCAGCAUUUGGCCAGAACACUACGCCAGCUGAACAUCAUCAAUUCCACGCUAUCCUCACCAGAGUACAUGGCCAUGUUUGGCCAGAACCAGGAGAAGUUUGAGGAGCUGCAAGCACGUAUUCGCGCGGCGCUCGACACACUGGGAGACCUGGACAAAAGCAUGUGCGGUACGGAUAGUCGCGAUGGUGCUGACGGCUGUGCGCCGGGCUCAGCUGGAUGUGGUGGUCUUCGUUGUGCUGUGUGCCUUGGCGACCAUAGUUGCAAUUCAGCAGCCGGCAACUCCAGCAAAGCCAUCCAGUUAGCAGAUGCUACACUCGCUGCAGUGGCAGAGAGAACUCAGGACAUUCAAGCCCUUGUUGAUAGCAUUGCUGUGAUGUCACGCAAUGUCACUGCUACUCGUACUCCAGUAGAACAGGCACAGCAGUUUGCCAGUAACCUCGCAGACACUUCUUCCGACGUAUCCGCUAGUGCCAGUGAGCGUAAGGACACGAUUGAAGAGUUGCAAUCAAGCGCAGCCGGCAACAGGGCAGCUAUGCAAGCUUUGCUGGUUGUGUUACGUCAGCGAUUGGCCACGACACUUUCGGAUAACUCUACUGAGAUGGACAAGUUGGUGGCAGAUAUCAGCACACUGCUUGCUGGUAUCAGUGCUAGUGAAGUGGACACGAUUAUGUCGGAUACGGAAUCAUCACUGUCACUGGCCAAAACUCUGUUUGAUAAUGCUACUGCAGUUGAUGCCGAAGCACAAGCUGCAUUACUGGCCGCACUGCAGUUGGAAACGGUGCUCGUCCAGGCAGCUGCUAUCCAGGAAGACGCAAUGCUGCUUGUCCGCCAGUUGAACAUCACGGCUAAUGAGACAGAACAUACGCACGAAGCCGCAAGGGCUUCUCUGGCACGAAGUGUUCAGUUGCGCACUGCUGCCCAGGCAGAUUUGAGCACGGCAUUCAACAUUCUCAAUGAUGUGGAAGAGCUGCAUGAAGAAACAGGACAGGAGUUGGAUACGAUACAAGCAUCACAAACCUUACUCAGAGAAGAUUCCAGAAACGUGACUCAGAUGGCCGGGGAUCUUGCAUCUCGCUCCAGUCAAGUUCUUGGUGUGCUGCUGGAUGCCGACGCUGCCAUCAACCAACGUCUCCAGUUGUCGCUUGACUUGGUGAACCGCACCGAUACUGCACGCCAGGAGAUGGACACGUAUCGCAUGCGAGCUGAGGUGGUGUACAACAGCACGGUAGAACAUAGAAGGACGCUGACAAGAAUGGAUGGCGAGGUGACGCAGCUCCUGGCAGACCUGGAUGCAGCUGUGGACAGCAUCAGACGGAAAGACGAGUUCCAAAUCAGAUGCCAGUUCCCAGCUCCAGAACCGUAAAAACAGUACAGUAAAGUGUUGUCUCUUCUUCUAGCAAGGUCAUACCAGGGCGGCUACAAGUAGUGGACAGCAGUAAUCUGUGCUUUACGCUGGCAUGAAACAACCUCAUGACUUGUGCUACGCUGGAUGCAAAGCGGAAUCAUUACCGAAUCUGAACAACAUCUAACCUACAUCAAGUAAUCAUGAUGAUACGUCUGUGAAGUCAGCUGUACCGAGUCGGAGACAACACACAGUAUAUACAUAGAACCCCUUUCUUUCUUUUGCAGGAUUAUAUCUGAAAAACUCGUUCUCCUAGCCUGGAAUACACGCUACUUUCUAGUUCACGGCCACCGUAGAGGCUGCUCUUCAUGAACACAGAGAACUGGCUAAAGAGGAACAGACUAACUAACCGAUGUCAACUGUAUAGUUAAUUAUAAACAUGUAAGGCCAUACAAGGGUCAUGCCGUCACGUACUGCACAGAAGUCUAGUCUAACACGUUAGCUGCUGCCAUUCUACAUACCUACAUACCUGUUGCUCCGACUAUUGCUGUCCGUGGCAGUACUGCCUUGCUUGCCUGCUUGGUUUGCUCGCCUCCUUGGUGUUGUCUGUCGGUGUACUCACAUAGAUAAGUCUGCCUAGUUGUUAACCGAGUGUGUUGAAUGUGAGGAUAGACAAUAGGCACAACUGAUAAUGAACAUCAUCCUGUA